AUGACAAGUUUCCAUCCAAACUUCUACCCAGACACACAAGAUGUUUACACUGUAACUGUCACUGGAUUUGAAAGAUACUUCCGUGGUGCUAAGCAAAUCAAAACGGUUGUAACCAAGGAUGCUGCUACAGUUGAUCACUGGAUUCAACAGAUUUACAGUGAUUACAAAGACUCUCUAGAUCGUUGUACCAAAAACGAAAAUCCAUGGGCUCGUCAUCGUUUCAUUGUUGCUCUUGAUGUUGAAUGGAAACCUGCUGCUUAUGAUAAUCAAGCUCCGAUUGCAAUAUUCAAACUCUGUGUUGGUUCAAGGUGGUACUCCGCUAGAUGUUUGGUUUUUCAGAUCUCGCGUUGUUUCCAACUCCCUAAAUCUCUUCAUAGGUUUCUUGAAGAUGAUAAUCUUAGAUUUGUUGGUCUUGAUAUUGAAUCUGUUGCUCAUAAACUUGAGAAAGAGUUUAAUCUUGAUGUUAAGAGAGCUGUUGAUCUUAGGGAUUUGGUUGCUGAAAACUAUCCUGAGAAGGAGAAGGAAGUUCAAAACUGA